AUGCACGAGGUGGUGGAGCAGCCUUUACACAGAUGGGAAUCACUGCCCGAGAUCGUCACACUCCUCUACGGCUUUCUCAAACGCAGUCCUCUCCCCCUCCCCUUCGGCUCCACCUGGAACAAUCUAGCGCUCCAGUCGUUUCCCUUUCUAGACCACGAACUCUGCGAGGGCAAGAGGCCAUCUCCUUCUCUCUUUUGUCCCACCGCUUAUGACGUCGCCAGGAGCACUGGGGGGUUCAAAAUACUUUGGAAGAAAUUGAUAAAGGAGUGCAACGUCCCCCCCGUGGCGGCGCUGGGCCGCGUGCGGCUCGCACCACAGCCCCUCCCGUCUGGGGAACUCCGGCCUCGGGCCCCCGUCUCUCCUCAGCUUCGACUUGGGACUCCGUCCCGCAGAGGCGCACCCGGCGCCUGGGACCCGCCUCCCGGGUUCCAGAGCGACCCCGCCCGCCCAGGCCGCGCGGGGCGGCGGCGGCGGCGGCGGCUCCCGGGCAGGAGCCGGCGGAGCAGGUGGGGGCGCCGGCCCCGCCUCCGCGUCCCGGCAGCCCCAGAGCUGACGGCCGGGAGUGAGCGGCGCGCCCCGGGCGCAGCACCCCGCGCAGCGCGGCCGCAGCGGCGCCGCCAGGAGCACCCGCGCGGCGGGACGGAGCCCGGAGGCUGGCAACGGCGGCGACGAGGACGUCGGUCGGAGCUCGAGCGCAGUCCUGUCCCCGGCACGGCCAGCGAGCAGAAACCAUUCUCCUGGGUUUCUGGGACCAUUCGUAGGAAAGAGACACCCACGCUGUGACAUAUGCCAGUGCCACCGCCGCCACCACCUCCUCCUCUGCCUCCGCCUCCCCCACCCCUGGGGGCUCCUCCCCCUCCCCCGCCAUCAGCACCCCCGGUAAGACCUGUUUUUUUUCAGUCUGGUUUACUUGGUCAUACUUGCGCAGGUUUUUACUGUUUAGAACUAGCCACCACCCAGCUUCCCUGUGGCUGGUGGCAUCUUGGGUAGCUGGCUCUGUGUCUCCAGGGUCUAAUUCCAAACCAGCCUGGCCAGGUAUUUCCCUCCCCGUUCCUUAGCAUCGUCUACAGGGGUCUACAUAAUUUCUCCCCUAAUUCCUGCUGUUCCAAACUCCCUGGAGUCUCUCUAAUGGGCUCUUGUUUCUCAUGGGAAGCCUCAGGUGAGAGGCCAGGAUGAAGUGCGCAGCCAAGAAGGUGUGCUCACAGUCAGGUUGCAAUGCGUGACCUGGAUGGUGAUAACAGUAGCUUGAGCUCCAGUGGCCUGGGCCCAAGAGAAGUGUCGCAUGAAAUGCUGCGAUGAAAUAUAACUCUCUGAAUGAAAUCUCCUUAUCUGCACAAGACUGAAUUGAGUCUAUUUCAGUUGAUGUUGCCAGCUACUCUUAGAGGGCGGUUGUUUUGUUUGAAUAGGGCUUCUCAACCCUGGCACCACUGACACUGGGAGCCAGAUAAUUUUUGUCGUGGAGGGUUGUCCUGUGCAUCGUAGGAUGCUGAGCAGCAUCCCUGGCCUCUACCCACUCGUCAGAAAUUAUGAUUAUGGUAAUUAUGAUAGUCUGAAAUGUCCCUGGACGAUGCCAAAUGUCCCCUAGGGAGCAAAAGCUUCCUGAUUUCCUUAGUUUUAGAAAAAGAAUGUUAGUGCUUAAUGCUUGCAUUGAACCCUUCUGCUGAGGAAAACCCUGGGGCAUGUCUCAUACCCUCAUUCUGCCCCUUAGAGCCAGGUCUGGCGUGAGCACCACAGCUCCUAUUUUCAGUAAAAGAUGAAAGCUACAGAUGCCAUGGUGAUAGGACGUGCAGAGGCAGGGCUGCCCGGGGUGGUGUGAGCCCUGACAGCAGGAGCCAGGAAUAGAGCCUCGCCCUGAGUGCACGCCUCUCUUCAGAUGACAGGGCCAUGGGAAUAUAGGUUAUGAAAGGGGGGCCUAAGCCCCUGCUGCACAGUCACCAGCCAUGGGGAGAACCAGAGUAUGCCUGAGAUCAUAGGUCACAGGUCACCCCCUAUGACCAUACCUGAAAUGCUGGAGCAUAGACCUGCCUAAAACAUGGCCCUUGCCUCUGCAGAGAGUGGAAAGAAAGCACAUAACGUGAGUUACCUCUGCAAGAUCUCUGAAUAACAUAUAGAAAGAACAGGAAUAAGUACUGACGUUCCACUGCUGCGUUUGACACAAGGAAGGCUUGGAGGAGAUGAACAGUUUAUAAGUGGAAGAAACAUACAUGAAGCCAGCACAGGGGUCUUACACAGACGUACUGGCCCCGAAGAAGCAUAGCUUAAA